AUGUUCAUCUAUCCGGGUGUACACUCCGCACCUCCGGUCUCGGAAAGUAAAUUGAAGAUAAUACUAACUACAUUAAAAUAUGUUGGUAACACUAAAAUUCUCAACAAUUAUCUACCAAAUUUGAAGAUAAUGGAACUUUGGUAUUUGGAUAACCUAAUCAUGACACCAAAUUUUGAUGGACUUCCCAAGCUUGAAAGAUUCAUUCUUAAAGGAUCUCCACAUUUGAAAGAGAUUCAUUCAUCGUUUGGAGGCUUGGACAGGCUUGUUUGCUUAUGUAUAGUAAAGUGCGAGGGUAUUAAGAAAUUUCCAUCCAUUACUCGACUACAAAGAAUCGAGACCCUUUCAUUUGCAGGUUGCCCUAGACUUAUUGAGUCCUUAAAGAUCCAACAGAAGAUGGACAGUUUGGGAGAUGAAGACGUUAGCUCUGGUGCUUGGGAGUCAUCCAACUUAAACCACAUAGGGUUAUGUAUUCUUGGCAGAUGCUUAAGAGAUUUGUGUCUGGGCUUGUGUGGUUUUGGAGAUGAAGACACCGGCUCUGCUGUUCGGGAUUUGCCCAACUUAAAACAUAUACGGUUAUGUUUUUGUCGCCAAUACUUAAGAAAGUUGGAUCUGAGUGGUUGCAAUUUGGGAGAUGAAGACAUGAUCUCUGCUGUUUGGGAGUUACCAAACUUACAAGAACUUGAUCUAUCACACAAUAAGUUUUCACGAUUAGAAUUUAUUCUCAUACGAACUCCGAGCCUCAAAUUUCUCAAUGUGUCAGAUUGCAAACGCCUUGUAGAAUUGUCAGAGCUCCCAUCUAGCAUAGCUGUUCUUAAAGCAAACAAUUGUAGCUCACUUGAAACAUUUGGAGAUAUUUCAAACUGUAAAUGGCUGUGGAAAGUCUCGUUUCGUGGGGCCAACAAAGUAGGUGAUGGUGAUCCACCUGAUGGUACAUUGCUAGACUCCAUGCUCAAGGGAAAUGCUUUUAAUGAUUACCGUAUCAGUGUCACUCUUCAACAUCAUAUUCCAAAGCGGAUUGUUGAAAUUCAUAUACUCAUCAAGCAGGAGGUCGAUGAAGUUUCUCGAUUUGAGCUUGGCCAUGGACGAGAAUCCAGUGAAGAACUGGAGUCUGAAUAUGAUGGAACAAAGACAUAUGUGGGAUAUGUUUCCUUUAAUUCAUUGAGGGGCACUGCAUUCUUGAAUUCAACAUACAAUGUCAUUUUGAUUUCUCUACGCCAGCAUGGGUUUCCUAUUGGAGCUACGGAUAGAAUAGGAGCUGCACUCGUUCCUAAAAAUGAUCCGGUGCAAACAACAAAACUCGAGACAGAUUGCUCAGAAUUUUGGGAUGAAGAUCAUUUUAGACCCACAUUUACGAUCAAACAAAAUACAAAGUCAUGUAUUAAUAUUUUAUGGCGACCUAAUCAUUAG